GUAUCAUACAAUUGUUUUAUUUCAAUCUAGGUGUUAGUUGGAGGACUAUUGGGAGACUUCUCUCCUUGUGAAAGUCUGGAUAGUCCCUUGUUCGAUAUUAACAAGGAGAUACCUCCAGAUGAUAUGUUGCUAGAACUCUCCCCCUACCAAUUCUCUGGCAAAACUACAGAUAAAUCUGGAGACAAAUCCCUUGAUAACUCCGCCGACCAGUCUCCUGUAAAGAACCUCAAUAAGGAUUUAUUUUUGAACAGCAAUGUUCUACCGAGUAAAGAUGGAGAGAGGGAAGAAAACAAGGAGAAAAUGCUUCUUAAAAAUGUUAUCUGUCAAGAUACCCCCAAGAAAUCAGUCGUCAGAAGACCCUUGGGAAGUAAUAAUAAAUCAAAAGAAAACAUCGAGCCUGGAAUCUCGAAACCCCGGCAGCUUGUUCGGAAGCCCAGUAUCAGAAAAUUAUCUCCUCUUCUCUCAGAAAACAAUGGAAGAACUAAAUUGGAAAAGGUUGAUAGUUUCAAAACAAGGAAUCCUUCUCCAAAUCCUAAGAUUGAAGUGACAGAUAGUCAAGAACCCAAGGAAACUAAGAAGCAUGGAAUAAAAACUUCGUUGAAAAAAUCUACUCCAGUUUUACCACUGAGGCCCAAGGUUGGCUCUGUGGUUGAACCGAUCAGACCUUCCGCAAGGUUAAACUCAUCAAAAUUGAACACUCUAAAGCUGAACUCUUCUAAACUAAACCCUUCCAAACCUAACUCUUCCAAACUAAACUCUUCUAAACUAAACCCUUCCAAACCUAACUCUUCCAAACUAAAACCUUCUAAACUAAACUCGUCAAGUCUGAACUCUUCAAACAUUGCAUCAAACACUAAAUCCCAAGUUAAAACAGGAGCCUUUAUGCCUGCUGUGAAAAGAACUUUACCCGUCAAAGGGUUAACUCUAAACACCAGUGCUGGCUUCACAAAGUCAAAAAUCAAGGUUGAAGUCACCGGAGUAAAGUCAGUAUCAGAAGAGAAACCAAUCAAUAGCUGUAUGCCAGCCCCUAGGCCUAAGCUACAUCGGCAAGGAAGCAGUCUGGCUAGACCAGUUAUGUCUGGAUCUCUUCAAUCAACUCCUAGCAGAAGAUUUGGUCAAGGACUUUCAAGCACUCCAAGUACCAGGUUACCUGCUACUCCUAAUUCAAGAAUACCUCCACCAUCUACUGCUGGAGUAUCAAGCACUCCAGGUUCAAGAUUACUAGCUCCCUCAGGUUUAGCAACUCCGAGGAGAUCUUUGGCAACUCCUGCAGGGGUCGGAUCAUCUAGGUUUCAAUACGCAGCUCCCUCACCGAUGAUUCCUGUUGGGUUGGUUAGCUCUACACCGGCGAUUCCGAACCCAAGGAGUACUGCAUUUGGUCUUCCUAGUCCAAUAGGGGUUAAAAGAAGGGGCAAUUAAAAAACUUACUCGUUUCUGCAAUUGACACUUGAUAAUGUAUCUAAAUAUUGUAGUAAUUAUUGAUUAACUAUGUUUACUGUGAUUUGGGAUAGUGUGUUUAUUUAUAAAAAUAAGCUUUUAUUGAAGAAAUAAUUGAUCAUAUUUAAUUUGGGUUUUUAUAUUAUAGAAAAA